AUGGCAAAGCUCUUUAUCGGAGGCCUCGCCUGGCAUACCACAGAUGAGACGCUAUACGAAGGUUUCAGCCAAUUUGGCAAUAUCGAGGAAGCGGUCGUGGUCAAAGAUCGUGAUACCAACCGCAGCCGCGGCUUCGGGUUCGUGCGCUUUGCCACCAAGGCCGAGGCGGACGAGGCCAUGCAACGGAUGAACAACACGCAGUUCGACGGUCGCUUGAUUCGAGUUGAUCAUGCACAAGACAGCAGACCCGGCGGUGGCGGCAGAGGAGGUAGUUUCGCUGGAAGAGGUGGAUAUCCCGUGUCAAUGGGGACGCAAGGCGCGUACGCACAGCCUGGAUCUCAACCACGGGAUCUGAACACCGGGGGAUACGGCCGCGGCGGCCCAUAUGCGUCUUCCUGGGGUCAAUACAAUCCACAAUAUCAACAACAGGGAGGAGCGUCCGGAGGACAACAAGGGGCACCGCAAGGGGGCCAGUAUGGCCAAAACCAGCCUCCAGGAGGCAACGACCCCUACGGGUCACAAGGACCAUAUCGCCGAUAG